UCACAGAGAAAAAGGAGGCAAGAAUCCAAAGCACACAUUCCCACUACUCCACGGCAUGCACCACACCCCAUGCCUCUCCCUCUCCCUCUCCUUUCCCUUCAGUCACAGUCGCAGCUGCUCAGUUCAGUCGCUUCAGCGUUCACUCCUCGUCUUCUCCUCAGCACUUCAUCACAAUCUUGUAGCAGCAACUAGCAAGAUCUUAGCUCGCUUCUCUUCUCUCUGAGCCCGUGUGUGAUCGUCAGCUAGCUCGUGGGGAGCUCGGCGAGGUCGCUGUUCCCGCCGUACGGCGAUGCUCGCUCAGCUGCUGCUCGUGCACCUCCUCCUGUUCCUCCCCUCUGCGUCCUCGGCCGAACACCACCGCCAUUACCGGAGCAGGAGGGCGCUACACGAGCCGCUGUUCCCUCUGGAGAGCGCGCCGGCGCUGCCGCCGCCGCCACCCGCACCGUUCUUCCCGUUCUUGCCCGGCGCCGCGGCGCCGCCGACGCCGACGCCGGAGGUUGGCUCCGCCUCCACCCCCGCCGUCGCCGGCGCGGGCGACUCGUCGUCUUCCUCUUCCUCGCCGCACCCCACGGCGCCGGCCAACAUUUCGUCCUUGGCCGCUCUGCCCGUCUACCGCUCAGCGCCGCUCCGGUCCUUCCUCGCCUCCCACCGCCUCCUCACCGUCCUCAUCCUGGUCGUCGCCGUCGCAGCGGCCGUGCUCGCCGGCGCGCUCGUGUACCUCCUCGCUUGCCGUGGGCGCCGCUGCCCCUCUCCCAAGGAGGCACCUGCAGUGCAUACGAAGUCCGCCACCCUUUCACCGGCCAACCCUGUGGCAUACGACGGCGACCAGCAUGGCCGAGGUUCGACGGCCACCGUCUCCAGCACCAACUCUCCGGAGCUCAGGCCGAUGCCGCCUCUGCCGCGGCAGUUCCAGCAGACGCGGAUAUGCUUGCCGUCAAGUUCAAAAGCCGUUCUUCACGCCAGAACAGGGGGCAAGCGAGCGUCAGAGGGUGAUCCACCUCCGCCUCCGCCGCCGCCGCCGCCAAUGCCGCCGGGGAAAGAUAGCUGUGGCGCGCAACCGGCACCUGCACCUCCGGCGCCGCCCCCGCUGCUGCCGCGGGCCGGCAACGGCAGCGGCUGGCUGCCGAGGCGGCACUCCGAGCGCCCUGUGGCCACGGUGAUUAGGGCCUCGGCGGGUGCAGUUCAUCCGGAGGAGUCACCCGGGCGCGCCCAGUCAGAGAAGGACGCGGACUCGGACGCGGCUGCUCUGCCGAAGCUGAAGCCUCUGCACUGGGACAAGGUGCGCGCGAGCUCCGGCCGGCCGACGGUGUGGGACCAGCUCAAGGCGAGCUCGUUCCGAGUGAACGAAGAGAUGAUUGAGACAUUGUUCGUCUCAAAUUCGACGAGGAGAUCGUCCAAGAUUGGAGCCAAGGGGGCCAAUGCCAGUCUGUGCAGCCAGGAGAACAAGAUCCUCGACCCGAGGAAAUCGCAGAACAUUGCGAUCAUGCUUAGGGCACUUGACGCGACGAAGGAAGAAGUUUGCAAGGCUCUCUUAGAUGGGCAGGCAGAGAGCCUUGGAAUUGAGCUGUUGGAGACACUGCUAAAGAUGGCGCCUACCAGAGAAGAGGAGAUCAAGCUGAAAGAGUACAGGGAAGAUGUUCUGUCUAAGCUUGGCCCUGCUGAGAGCUUCCUCAAGGCGGUGCUUGCGAUACCAUUCGCUUUCAAGAGAGUGGAAGCAAUGCUCUACAUCACCAACUUCGAUUCAGAGGUUGACUACCUAAAGACCUCCUUCAAAACCCUUGAGGCAGCAUGUGAAGAGAUAAGGGGCAGCAGAUUGUUCCACAAGAUCUUAGAUGCUGUCCUGAAGACUGGUAACCGCAUGAACACUGGCACAAACCGUGGGAACGCACAUGCAUUCAAGCUUGACGCACUCCUCAAGUUAGUCGAUGUAAAAGGCGCUGAUGGCAAGACGACUCUUCUGCAUUUUGUCGUCGAAGAAAUUAUCAAGUCUGAAGGAGCCAACAUUUUAGCCACUGGGCAACCAACCGACCAGGCAAGUGCUCUUGCAGAUGAUCUCCAAUGCAAGAAGGUAGGCCUUAAAAUUGUUGCCAGCCUUGGUGGUGAGCUCAACAAUGUCAAGAAGGCAGCGGCAAUGGACUCUGACGCACUGGCCAGCUGUGUCUCGAAACUCUCCUCCGGUGUUAGAAAGAUCAGCGAGGUCCUGCAGCUAAACCAGCAGCUCGGUUCCGAAGAUAGCUGCAAGAGGUUCCGGGCCUCCAUUGGUGAGUUCUUGCAGAAGGCUGACACUGAGAUCACCGCAGUCCAGGCUCAGGAGAGCCUUGCCCUCUCCCUUGUCAGGGAGACUACCGAGUUCUUCCACGGUAACUCGGUCAAGGAGGAAGGGCACCCUCUGAGGAUCUUCAUGGUGGUGCGUGACUUCCUUGCGGUCGUUGAUCAUGUCUGCAAGGAUGUUGCGAAGAUGAAUGAACGAGCAGCGAUCGGCUCCUCGCGGCGGGCGGAAAAUGCACCUGUUCCUCCUAGGUUUAACACAGUGCAAUCCACAAGCUCGGAGGAGGAGAGCUCGUCGUCCUAGCCGUUAGUAUGCACUACCGAACUGAUAAUACCAGUAGCCUGAGUAGGAAUCUGCAUCUUAUUGCCCAGAAGAACAUUAAUGCAGGCUCAUACUUAGGACCAUAAAUAUUUUGUGCCUGGAGAAGAUAAAUGUAGAGUAAAGUCUAUAUGUACUGCAUGAUUCAGUAUGCUAACCAUCAUGCAGCCAAUGGCCUACCAAAGGUGAAAGUGGCAUUGUACAUGAUUCUGCAUGCUGAGAAUUACUAUUAGAUGAGAGCUUUUGAUCAAGCUGAAUCUUAUGAUAAGAUGUACAAAUUAUGUCGUUGCUAGGUUCCCUUUUUUUCUUCUGAAAAGUGUCUCGUUGCUAGCAGCU